AUGGAGCGGGCGGCGGUGCUGCGCGUCAAGCGGAAGCGCGGCGGGACGGAGCCGGCCGAGGCGCUGCUCCUCGCCUGCAAGCGGCUGCGCACGGAGUGCGGCGGCGCCCAGCCCGUGGAGAGGAGCCUCUUCAAGCUGGUGGCGACCGUGUCCUCCAAGAAUGAACCAGUUCAGAAAUAUGUUCAAGAAGUGAUCACUCGAGACAAAGCAGCUCAAAGUCUGCGACCCUCUUUAGGAAGCACUCAGCGAAUCAUUCAGGAACUCCGCUCUUCCAAGCAAGUGAAAAGGAAGGAAAACCGUUACCGUGUAAUAGCCAGCCAUCGACCUAACUGUACUGAAACAGCUGCACCUGUCAUAAAUGGCGAGGCAUCGAUUGAUGGUGACAGAUCAGACUCUGAAGCAACGGAAGAUGCUUCACAAAAGGAGAGCGGUGCUGUGGAUAAGAGCUCGGACUGCUGUGGGAAGUUCCAGUUGUUUGAUAUUGUACAAGAAGAGGAGGUGGUGGGAGGCUCCAGCGUAACUGCUGCAAACCCACAGAAGACUGAUCCAGAUGUGAUUCUUUGCAAUGCAGUAGAGAUGAUCCGUGAGCGUUUAAAUGUAUCUGAAGAUAGUAAAAAAGAACACAGUGAGAAAGAAGAUGAGUAUGUUUAUGAUAUCUACUAUAUGGAAACAUCAGCCCCUGGUUGGAUCCAAAAUAUCCUUUCUGUACAGCCCUAUAGAGAAGAAUAUGAACUGGUAGAUGAUGAUCAUGUUCCAGUGGAAAUAUAUGAAGAUGAAGAUGAUGAAAAUGAUGAAAAUAACUGGCGUAAUGAUUAUCCUGAUGAAGAUGAAUUCUUACCUGAGGAAGAUGGUGAUGGAGAAAAAGAGUCUGAAGAGAGCUUCAGUGAUGAGGACCAAUGUUACAGGAGAAGAACAUGGAACAAAUACCGACAGGAGGUUCUACAGGAAUUUGGAUAUGAUGAGAUCCAGGAUUUGGAUUCUGACUGACAGCCCCUUUUUUGAAGAUGAAAUGCAUACUGAAGAUGAAAUUCUACCAUUGCAGUAGAACUGAAAAUCCAGACAGCUGCUGAUAGAUACUCGUAAGAAUGUUGAACUAAAAAAAACACCACAAAAGACCUCUGGAAAACCACUUUCUGGUUAAGUUGUGCUCAUGGGGACAGUAGGAAACCACUCUUUACAUGGAUGAGCUUUAAAGCUACAUUUUUGCCUGUCUGGCCUUCUGAAACUGUUGGUGACUAGCAUGGUUCACCCUAAUGCUUACUGACUAGGCUUGAGUAUUAGAUACUAGAUUGGGAUUCCAGUAAAUGCUAAAACCUUUUACUAUCUAUCUGGACUGUUAAUAUCUGAGCAGCCGACAUCAGCUGGUAGAUAUUAAACAGACGGGUGUGAAUACACAACUUGACAAUGCAAAUUUUCGUUCCAAGCAAAAGAUAACCGUAUGCUUUAGAAUAAUUUUUCUGCCCAUUCUGUGAUGUUGAGGUUCUGAAGGAACUUUAUUUUUUUUAAAGCUGCAUGCCCAAGUGUUUGUACCUGUACCAACAGUACCUCCACAUUGUAUAUGGAGGUACUGUUGGCAGCAGCCCUUCUUAUCUGACACAUCAGUCAUGAUUUCACAAGAAGAUCAACAUGUCUGCUGUGAUGGCAAGUGGAAGUCCUGGAAAAAGACACCCUGUCCUAGUGCUUUCUACUGUAUUUGUUCCUAAGUUUCAAGUUACUUUCUUUACAAGUGCUUGAGCAUAUGAAAUGCCUUGACCUGUCCAUUUUAUUGCUGGAUCUCUCUCCAGUAGUUUUACUGUUGGAGUAGAACAAUAUCUGUGCAUUUCAAUUGUAAAUAAAAAAAAAUUGACUAGGUUUUUAUUACUCAU